CGACCGGGCCCCCCUUUGUUUCUCACGGGUGCCAAAACAAUAAAUACCCGGUCGGGUAUUUGAGCCCACGACCGGGUAUUUUCCUCCUACAUCACACUUCGACCCAACUUCGCUCCUUUCGACCCAAAACUCGUUUCCUCGCCUCGAUUCCAACACCGGGUCCUGAAAUAUCACAUAAACACACAACCUCGCGUGAAAUCGGCUUAAACACGAGAGUCAACCUCUCAAACGGCUCAAGAAUAGGGGUAAAAACAUGUGUAAUUAUUGUCAGCACGCAAGAUCAGUUUACCACUAUGCACAUCAAUAAGUGCCAGACACAGAAAAAGUAGCUUGCUCAUUCCCAGCACGCAAGAUCAGUUUACCACUAUGCACAUCAAUAAGUGCCUUGGCGGUUGCAAGAAAUGGUCUACCCAAAAUCAAAGUCACAUCCACAUCCUCAUUUAUAUCCAGAAUAACAAAAUCAACAGGAUAUGUGAAUGUGCCAACUUUAACAAGCAGAUCCUCUAUGAUACCCCUAGGAUGCACAAUAGAGCGAUCAGCUAACUGAAUGCUCAUCCUAGUAGAGUUAGGUUCACCUAUGUCUAGCUUUUUAAACAGAUAGUAUGGCAUGAUCGCAACAGCUAUCGCAACGGCGGCGACGAGAUCUGAUCGCAGCAGCUAUCACAAAGGCGGCGACGACGGAGCGAGCUCCUGAUCGCAGCUAAGACAUUGACAAUGGACGAGAAUCGUGUAGAUGAAGUUUCUGUUGGUUAUGUAGAUGCUCAACAACUCCUGCAAAUUGCAACAUCUUCUGACAAUGCAACAGAAGGCGGAUAUCAGAUAAAAACCUCUAUUUCCACCAAUAGUGGCAACAAUGAACAAGAAGAAGGUACGCUCAACUCAAUCCUUCUUGUUUUCUUACAAUUAGCACCACAAUCACGGGAUUUUCCAGAAAUAGCACCUUUAAAAAUAAUUACAAAAAUAGCACCCAUCCGUAAAAAUUUACACUAAUAGCACCCUUUUUAAUAGAACGCACCUUAUAGAUGCGUUUUAUAUUUAAAUCGCACCCUGAUAGACCGUUAUUUACACAUGUUUUUACCCCUGUUCUUACACCGUUUGAGAUGUGAUUUCUCGUGUUUUAGGCCGAUUUCACGCUAGGUUGUGCUUGUUUGUCAUAUUUCAGGUCCUAGUACGUGAAUGAAGGCUUAGGAGCGAUUCUGGGGUCGAUUGGACGAAGAACAGACGAAUGGCGAGGUUUUUGGGAGCUGCACGGGCAGACCAGAGGGGCUGCACGGCCGUGCACGGUUGCAAUCUGGCCGUGCGCCUCAUGCCGAGGAGCUGCACGGGCAGGCCCUGAAGAUUGCACGGCCGUGCACCUGGCCGUGCAAGAAGCCUGAGUUCAAUUAAGGGAUACGCUGCGUUUCAUGGUGCACGGCCAGACUGGUGAAGUGCACGGCCGUGCACCCUGGCCGUGCAACUCGGGAAACCCGGUUUUAAAGCCUAAUCCGAGCCAGAAGUGAGAGGAGAGUGUUUUCAGAGCAAAAACAGAGCCCUAGAGAGAGAAAGUACGAAGAACACAUCCUAGAAGCUGUCUUAGAGCUGGAUUUCAUCGAAUCGAGCCUGGAGAUCGUCAUAGGAGUGAAAAUCAUCGUCCCGGAGCAGAUUAUCCUCAUCGUUAUGAGUAUGACUAAUCCGAUUCCUGUUUUCUCUUCUCUCUCUAUGGAGUAGAACCCUUCUCUCACUUGGGGAUGAAGAACCCUAGUUCUAUGUGUUAGGGGAUUGAUUGUAAUGACUUGGGAUGAUACUACUGUUUGAUUUUAAUCGAAUGAUGCAUGUUUCAUGAAUUGAUUUGAGUCUGAUCAGCUUGUCUCAAUUUCUGCUUCAACCUGAGAUAGAUAGAAUCUGAUUAGGUUGUUAGAGCCUCUUCAUUCGAUAGUAGGAGGUUGGCUAUACGAGAGUUAGCCAGUUUACUGCUUUGUACUGGUGUUCUUGGCGCCAGUAGUGGAGUUCUGUGUUCAUAGCCUCAGCUUUCUAUCCCGGUGAAGACUAGUCGUCUGCCGGGUAGUUAGACUGAGAGGGCUCGGUCAGCUUAAGAGAUUCCAAGCUAUUGUCGGAUCUUCCGCAGUCUAAUCAACAGUAAAUCAACCCAGGGUAAAUUGCAAUUGAAACCUAACUAAAGAGCUAGGGGGAUUCAUUCCCGAGUGACUCUUUCCUGCUUAAGAAAACCGAAUAAUUUCCUGCUUUAUUUCUGCUUUUAGUUUAAACAACAAUCACUUACUCUAGUUGGCUAGAUAACAGAGAAUCACUGAGUAAGCAGUAGAUCUAGACCCCGGGUUGAUAAUAUAACUUGCCUGUUACUGCAUUCCCGGUCUGCGAUUACACUUGGUCGCAGAUUGGUGUUGUGUUUUGGCGUGUCAAGUUUUUGGCGCCGUUGCCGGGGACUCCUCUAGGUUAUUGGGGAAACGUGAGAAUUUGUUACUCUAGCUUUUUAUUUACUGCAUUUUAUCUCUUCCACCUGUGUGCCUUCACGGGUUGUUUCUGCUGAUUGUGUGCAGGUAGUGCAUGACCCGUAGCCAGUCGGGAGAUCUACUACCACUAGACCAGGAGCUUGAACGAACCUGCAGAAACUUCAAGCGGGCUCUAAAGGCGCGACUGGCUGCGGAGGAGGCGCUAUCACAGCUGCAGUUAGAGGAGGAAGAAGAAGAGAUGGCUGAACCAGGGAACCAUGAUAUGAUCCCUGAGGAGCAAACCAUGGGGUCCUACUGGACCGCUAGAGCUGCGGACAUGAGGUCACCCAUUCAGCAUCCUCAUGUCCCAGCCAACAAUUUUGAGGUGAGCACCUCAGUAAUCACCAUGCUGCGCGGUUCAGUGGUGUUCCGUGGUAAGGAGGGGGAGUGCCCCCGAUCACAUCUCCGGCGAUUCCAUGAGCUCAUUGAUGGAAUCAAGAUCAAUGGGGUACCCGCAGAUGCCAUCCAGCUGAGGUACUUCCCAUUCACUCUGGAGGGGCAGGCCAAGGAGUGGCUAGACACUCGACCUCCAGGCUCCAUCACUACGUUCGCCAACCUGGCGGACAAGUUCCUCACCCGCUACCAUCCUCCAUCCAAGACAGCUGACUUGCAGAAGCAGAUCACCCACUUCACCCAGGACGAAGAUGAGACCAUCAGGGAUGCUUGGGAGAGAUACACCAGUCUUUUCCUCAGGUGUCCCAAUCAUGGUUUCAAUGAUGCAUUUAAGGUGGGCACCUUCUAUCACGCUCUCUUCCCGGAGGACAAGCAGCUGAUUGAUUCGGUUUGUGGCGGGAACAUGCUGACAAAAACCCCACCACAACUGAAUCAACUCUUUGAGGAGAUGGCGGAGAAUGGGUACGACUGGGGCACUGCCAGGAGAUCGAGGCGAGCACCAGGCGGGGGUGUGCAUGCUGUGGGCACCCAGUCAUCUGAUUUGGUGCAGGUGGUAUCGAAGCUGGUCUCAGCUAUCGAUCGUUCUGGUUUGAUUGCAGGUACAGGACAACCGCAGGUGAUGCACUGCCAGUGGUGUGAGAGCUCCCAUCACACCGUAGAGGACUGUCAGGCGAUGAGGGAAUCGUCUACUCCCCAGGAGCAGGUGGACUUUAUCAGUAAUGCCAGGCGCUUCGACCCCUACAGCAAUACUUAUAACGAGGGGUGGCGCCAGCAUCCUAACUUUUCCUGGGCUGGGGCAAAUCCCAAACCACCAGCUCCCCAGGGACCACCUGGCUUCCAGAGGCCUCCAUACCAGCCCAGACAGGGGCAAUUUCAGCAGCCACAGCAGCCACUCUACCAGCCCAGACAGGGGCCAGCUCCACCACAGUCGCAGGUGCGACCAUUUCAGCAGACAGGAGCAGCACCUGCAGCUCCAGUACAGAGUGACCCGAUGGCGGAUUUGAGAGAUUUGGUGGGUUCUCUGGCCACCUCCAGUGCGAACAAGUUCAAUAACAUCGAGCAAUUCAUGGAGAAAGCUUCAGGGAAGUUCUUGGAGCUAGAAGCUGGUCAGAGAAAUACACAGGCUGUGCUGCGAGAUAUACAGACCCAGCUAGGGAGUGUUGCCCAGGCUGUAGCUCAGAGGACUCCUGGUACCUUGCCUGGUCAGACCAUUCCUCAUCCGCAGGAUCCGAAUGCCAACUGCAGUGCCAUCACAACCAGGAGUGGCAAGGUGACUGCCGAUCCGCCUGUUCGGGCAGAGGAGAGAGAGACCCCUGCUUCAGCACUUCCAGUUAAUCAGGAAGAAAUGGAGAAGGAGGUUGAGGUACCUGCUCCUAAACCGCAAUCAGUGGUGAAGGAGUAUGUACCACAGCUUCCCUUUCCUACUCGGUUGCACAAGGACCGACUGGAGACUGAGUUUGCCAAAUUCAUGGCAAUGCUGAAGCAGGUAAACAUUAGCAUGCCCUUCGUGGAGGCAUUAUCGAAGAUGCCCAAGUAUGCCAAAUUCAUGAAGGAUCUCCUCACCAACAAGAGGAAGCUUGGGGAGCUGUCAACGGUGAUGCUCAACGAGGAGUGUUCUGCCAUCCUGCAGAACAAACUACCAGAGAAACGAAAAGACCCAGGGAGUUUCACUAUCCCUUGCAUGAUUGAUAGUUUGCAUGUAGGGAAGUCCUUGGCGGAUUUAGGCGCUAGCAUAAAUGUCAUGCCUUAUAAACUGUUUAAAAAACUAGGCCUAGGUGAACCCAGUAAUACUAGGAUGAGCAUCCAGCUUGCUGAUAGAUCUAUUGUGCAUCCUAGGGGUAUAGCAGAGGACUUGAUAGUCGCAGUAGGGCCAUUUUCAUAUCCUGUUGAUUUUGUGAUUUUGGACAUAAAUGAGGAUGUUGAUGUGCCAUUGAUACUAGGCAGACCUUUUCUCGCCACCGCCAAGGCGCUGAUUGAUGUUAAUGAUGGAAAGCUGAUUUUAAGAGCUGGGGGUGAACAAAUCACCUUCUCUGUUUCUGAUAAUAUGAAACACCCCCAGCUCCAUGAUGAUCUUGAUUACUGUGAUGUUGUUGCUGAUUUUGAGACCGCACUCGCCAUCACGAGUGCGGGUACUGAUGAUUUCCUUGAGCGUUGUCUUUUGCUAGGGGAACAGGCAUCACAGGAUAUGCAGCUGACGGAGCAGCUUGCGGAGCUGGACGAAGCUGCGAGCGCGGGGCGAGAGAUGCCAUUCAAGCCGAUUCCCAUCUCGCCCCGGCUCGCUACAUCAUUGGAGGAGCCGCCAGAGUUGGAGCUGAAACCCCUCCCAUCUCAUCUGGAGUAUGCAUUUCUCCGGGAGGGGAAUAAGCUCCCGGUUAUUAUUAGCUCGGAUCUGACCCCCGAGCAGAAGAGCAGGCUGGUGGCUCUGUUGCAGAAGUAUGCCCGGGCCAUGGCAUGGAAGAUCACUGACAUCAGAGGCAUUAGCCCAUCCUUCUGCUCUCACAGAAUCUUGAUGGAGGAUGAGGUUAAGCCAGUCAGGCAGCCGCAGAGGAGAUUGUCUCCUAACUUGGAGGCAGUGGUCCGGGCAGAGAUCGUGAAGCUCAUGGAUGCAGGGAUCAUCUUUGCUAUAUCGGAUAGCAAGUGGGUCAGCCCCACUCAGGUGGUCCCGAAGAAAGGCGGAAUGACUGUGGUCCCGAACGAGAAGAAGGAGUUGAUCCCGAUGCGGACCGUGACCGGCUGGAGAGUCUGCAUCGAUUACCGGCGCCUGAACGACGCCACCAGGAAAGAUCAUUUUCCCCUACCUUUCAUUGAUCAGAUGCUGGAGAGGUUGGCGGGCCAUGAGUUCUAUUGCUUCCUGGAUGGCAUGUCUGGGUACUUCCAGAUUCCUAUUGCACCGGAGGAUCAGGAGAAGACCACAUUCACUUGCCCCUUCGGCACUUUUGCUUACCGAAGGAUUCCAUUUGGGCUGUGUAACGCGCCGGCGACCUUCCAGAGAUGCAUGCUGGCUAUCUUCGACCGCCUGGUUGGAGAGAUCAUGGAAGUCUUCAUGGAUGAUUUCUCGGUAUAUGGAGACUCCUUCACUCACUGUCUCCAUAACCUGGAACUCGUUCUGAAGAGGUGCGAGGAGACUAAUCUGGCACUCAGCUGGGAGAAGUGCCAUUUCAUGGUUCGUGAGGGCAUCGUGCUCGGGCACAAGAUCUCCAAGGAGGGGAUUGAGGUAGAUCGCGCGAAGAUUGAGACGAUCAGUCAGCUACCUCCUCCCGUUUCUGUGAAGGGGAUUCGCAGCUUUCUGGGUCAUGCAGGCUUUUACCGGCGCUUCAUCAAAGAUUUCUCGAAGAUUGCCCUGCCAUUGACCAAGCUGCUGGAGAAGGAUGCGCCAUUCCAGUUCACUCCCGAGUGCACAGCUGCAUUUGAGACUCUGAAGGAGAAGCUUACCCGUGCCCCUAUCAUGGUAACUCCUGACUGGUCUCUCCCUUUUGAGCUGAUGUGCGAUGCGAGUGACUAUGCAGUCGGAGCAGUUCUGGGUCAGAGACGCGAGAAGCACUUCCAGCCCAUCUACUACGCGUCGAAGACCUUGAACGAUGCACAGGAGAACUACACCACCACUGAGAAGGAGCUCCUCGCUGUGGUGUAUGCGUUUGACAAGUUCCGGCCAUACCUGGUGCUCUCACAUGUGGUGGUCUACACAGAUCACUCGGCGAUUCGCUACUUGAUGAGCAAGGCUGAUGCAAAGCCUCGGCUCAUCCGCUGGAUCCUGCUUCUGCAGGAAUUCGACAUCGAGAUCCGGGACAAGAAAGGAGCCGAAAAUGUUGCUGCAGAUCAUCUUUCACGAUUGGAAGCCUCUCCGGUGGACAACUUCGUGGAGGAGAUCGACGACUCUUUCCCGGGUGAGCGAUUGCUGGCGAUGACACUGGUGGACAGCGUGACCCCUUGGUAUUCCGACUUUGCCAAUUAUCUGGUGGGCAAGCAGUUACCCAAGGGGAUGGCUACACAUGCAAAGCGCAAGUUCUUCUCCGAUCUGAAGCACUACUUCUGGGAGGAUCCUUUCCUCUUCAGAAUCGGAGCAGAUGGCGUGAUCCGGCGCUGUGUCAUGGAGCACGAGAUGGGAGACAUCCUGUCUCAAUGCCACGAGGGACCUACUGGAGGUCACCAUGGAGGAAACCGCACGGCGCGGAAGGUGCUACAGUCGGGCUUUUAUUGGCCCUCGCUCUUCCAGGAUGCAGACUCCUUCGCACGCCAGUGCGACCGCUGCCAGAGGUCAGGUAACAUUUCGUCCCGGGAUGAGAUGCCCCAACAUAUCUCUGUUAUCUGUGAAAUUUUUGAUGUUUGGGGUAUCGAUUUCAUGGGCCCAUUCCCUCCAUCUUUUGGCAAUCUGUACAUUUUGGUUGCAGUAGACUACGUCUCGAGGUGGGCAGAAGCUCAGGCCAUGCCCACCAAUGAUGCAAGACGGGUCUGCUCAUUUCUGAAGCAGCUGUUCUCCCGGUUCGGGACACCCCGCGCCAUCAUUAGUGAUAGAGGAACCCAUUUUCAAGGGCAAUUCACUAAACUCCUCUCUCGCUAUGGUGUUAAGCAUCAGGUGUCGGUGGCCUACCAUCCCCAGUCAAAUGGGCAGGCCGAGCUGACGAACCGGGAGCUUAAACGAAUUAUUGAAAAGACGGUGGACCAGUCUCGCAAGGAUUGGUCCACCAAGCUCGAUGAUGCUCUUUGGGCGUAUAGGACUGCCUAUAAAAAUCCGAUUGGCACUUCUCCCUAUAGGCUUGUCUAUGGGAAGGCGUGCCAUUUGCCGGUAGAGCUAGAGCACAAGGCCUUCUGGGCCAUUAAGCUGCUAAACAUGGAUUUGAGUGUUGCAGGUACAGAACGUAAGUUGCAGCUGCUGGAGUUGGAGGAGUGGCGUUACCACGCCUACGAGAACACCCUGCUCUACAAGGAGCGCACCAAGCGUCUCCAUGACGCUCGGUUGAGGGGCCCGAAAGAGUUUCAGGUAGGUGAUCGUGUUCUGCUUUUCAAUGCACGCCUGAAACUCUUCCCGGGUAAGCUCCGUUCGAGGUGGUCGGGUCCCUUCACGGUCACCCAAGUUUUCCCGCACGGUGCAGUGGAGAUCAGCAAUGCUCAAACCGAGCCAUUCAAGGUGAAUGGCCACCUCCUAAAGUUGUAUUUGGGAGGUGCUGUCGAGCGCGCAGAGCUGCUGAUCAAGCUCGAGGACCCUUAGUUCCUCUACUGGCGUCCAGCUAAAAGACGGUAAAGAAGCGCUUGUGGGGAGGCAACCCCACCGAGGUUUGCAUUUUCUUACUCUUUUUCCUUUGAUUUUGUGUGUUUUUGAGUCUUGAGACGUUGAUCCAGAGUUACGUGUCGUUUUUGAGCGAAAACAGGUUGAUUUCGGGACUCCAACAAGUCGCACGGCCAGGACCACAACAUGCACGGCCGUGCGGGAACCCCCCUGGCCGUGCGAGCUCUCGGCCAAAAGCGCACGGCCAAAAGCGCUUAUUGCACGGCCGUGCGCUCGUCCUGGCCUGACCGUGCGUCUUGCACGGGCACAAUAAUGCCUCGCACGGCCG